AUGAGCACACAAACCAGCAAGCACAUCACCUGGACCUGGCCCGGGCUCAUGCCGGACAUGCGCGCCGCCUACCUGCAGCUGCAGGAGGAGACGGGGACGUGCCGCAUCAACCAGACCUACUCCCCCGAGGCUGUGCGCCAGGCGGCCUUUGGCACGCGGGGCGCCACGCUGGCCACCGCGGGCCGCGUCGCGACGGUGGUGCUGCAACUGACCGGCUUCGCCGCGCGCUUGGCCUGGGAUCGGGCCCGGGGCCUCACCGACGGUGACAGCGUGGUGUCGCUGCGCGCGGUGCAGCUGCGCCGCCUGCUCACCCGCCUGGGCCCCACCUUUGUCAAGGCGGGGCAGGUGCUGGCCAACCGCCCGGACAUUGUGCGCCAGGAUUACAUGAAUGAGUUGUGCCUGCUGCAGGAUGCCGUGCCGCCCUUUCCAAACGACCAGGCCAUGCGCAUGAUCGAGGAGGCGCUGGGCCGCCCCAUGGGCAUGGUGUUCUCCUUCAUCUCCGAGGACCCCAUUGCCGCGGCCUCCCUGGGCCAGGUGUACAAGGCCGUGCUGCGGGAGACGGGGGAGGAGGUGGCCAUCAAGGUCCAGAGGCCCGGGGUGGAGCCCACAGUCCUACGCGACCUUUUCUUCUUCCGCAUCAUCGGCGGCUUGCUGACGCGCUGGUCGCUGCAGCGCCUGGGCUGCAACGCGGAGCUCAUCGUGGAUGAGUUUGCUGAGAAACUGCUGGAGGAGCUGGAUUACGUGCAGGAGGCGCGGAACAUCGAGGACUUUUACCGCAACUUCCAAGGCGACCCGCUGGUGAAGAUCCCCUGGGUGAGGAAGGACCUGUCCAGUCGCCAGGUGCUGGUCAUGGAGUGGAUCGAGGGCGUGCGGUGCUCGGACGUCCUAGCCCUGCAGGCAUCCGGCAUCGACCUGGAGAGGUUCAUCAGGAUAGGGGUCAUCUCCGGCAUGCGCCAGCUGCUGGAGUUUGGUCUGUUCCACGGCGACCCGCACCCGGGCAACAUCUUUGCGCUGCAUGAUGGCCGCAUCGCCUACGUGGAUUUCGGCAACGUCGCGGAGCUCAGUCAACGCAACAAGGAGGUGCUGAUUGACGCCGUGGUUCAUGCCGUGAACCAGGAUUAUUCGGGCAUGGCGGAGGACUUCAUCAAGCUGGGGUUUCUUGCCGAGAACACGGAUGUGAGCCCCAUUGUCCCGGCCUUGGAGCGGAUCUGGGCAGACUCCAUGGGCAAGUCCAUGGCCGACUUCAAUUUCCGCACUGUGACGACCAAGUUCAACGAGCUGGUGUACCAGUACCCCAUCCGAGUGCCUGAGCGCUAUGCCCUCGUCAUCAGGUCCCUGCUGACCCAGGAGGGCGUCUGCCUGAGCAUCGACCCCAACUUCCAGUUCCUGGCGGUGGCAUACCCUUACAUUGCCCGCCGCCUACUCACCGACCCUGACCCCUCCCUCAGAUCUCGCCUCAUCCAGGUGCUCUUCCAGGGCGGGAAGUUCAGGUGGGACAGGCUGCAGAACCUGGUGACCCUGGCGCAGAGCGGGACGGGAGCUGUGGCAGCUGACCUCACCACCACCGUCUCGGAUGGCCUCAGGGUGGUUUUGCUGGACCCCAAGCUCCGCGCCCAGAUGAUCCUGGCACUCACAGAGGACGACCGGCUGCAUGUCAAGGAGGUGCAAGAGCUGCUGCGGCUGGUGCAGCCUCAGCUGGACAUUCCUCAGGCCCUGCAAAGCACUGCCCGGGAGCUGCCGAGCCUGGUCCGUCAGAUGGCCCUGUCAUGGUCUCGGCAGGUGCUUGCAUCCCCAUGA